AUGUCGGACCACGCGAGAAGCUGGUUCGCCGUCCCCGCCCCCGUAGCCGCCCUCUUCCGCCGCUUCCCCUUGGCCGUCUACCCCGCCAACGACCUGCCCCUCCGCUCCCCCUCCCGCGCCGACCUGCCGACCCUCUAUGUCUUCGUUGCCGACGAUGAUGCCCCGAGGGGCCGGCCCAGCUUCAACCCAUCAUGUCUAAAGUGGCAGACGUUCCUCAAAAUCGCCGGCGUCGAAUUCCGCAUCCUUCCCUCUACCAACCACGCCUCCCCCUCCGGCGCCCUCCCCUACCUCCAACCCCCUUCUCCCCUCCGCCCUGUCGCCGGCGCCGGCAGGCUUGAAGCCUACGCCCUCGACAACUCCCUCCUUCCCGCCGAGAAGCGGCCGCCACCGCCUGCUCCCUCCGACCGUCUCUGCGCUUACGAGUCCCUCCUCGACACCCGCCUCCGCACCGCCUGGCUCCACGCCCUCUACCUUGCCCCGGAUAACGCUCCGCUGCUGUCGCGCCUGUACCUCCGCCCGGCCUCCAGCAGCCCCCUGGUCCGCCUCGCACUCGCUCACCAGGUUCGCUCCGCCGCCGAGGCGGAGGUCCUCAAGUCCACCCGCAGCGCCCUCGUCGACCCGGUAAGGAUCUACGCCGACGCCCGCGCCGCCCUCGAGGCCCUCGCCGCGCUGCUCGACGAGAACACCGGGGUCGGGGAGGAGGACGGCCCCUGGUUCUUCGGCUCCCCACGGCCGACCCUCUUCGACGCCUCCGUCUUCGCCUACACGCAUCUCCUCCUCGACACCGAAUUCGGCUGGCUGGACAGCACCCUGCCCCAGAUCCUGGCCGGCUUUCCCGGUCUGGUGAGGCACCGCGAGAGGCUACUGGAGCGGUGCUUUCCCGACGACGAGGGGGUCCUCGUGUAA